UAGAAUAAAGCCUAUUCCUUUCGCCUUUUCUCCCGCAUCUCGUCGCACUCUUCCUAGAAUUCCAAAUGCAUUCUGCCGCACACGACGAUUGGGACUCGCGGUUUCCGGUAGACAGCGCCUUCCUGCCGUCCAUUUCGCUGCUGCAGGAGCACUGCGCCAGCUACCCGCAGCAGCUGAUACAGCCGGUGCCCAAGCCCAUGCCGCAUUUCCUACGCAGCACCAGCCCGGCCCUCAGCGCCCGCCGCAACGCGUCGCUGCGCAACCUGGCAGCGCUGGCCCGUCCCUCGCCGACCAGCCCACGGCUCAUUCCGACGCCCUUCAGCGGCUCCGAGCCGAUCACGUCGAUGCGCACGGCCCACACGCCUGACAGCGACGUCGAGUACGUCGGCCGGCCAAUCGAAAGCACCGCGCAGUUCCUCGAAUGGUACGGGGCAGUGGAGGAGCAGUUGGCGCAGGGCCAGGACAUGGAGGCCCAUGCGUUCGCCGAGCUUUUGCGCCAGCGCUCCACGCAGUGCGCCCACAUGCAAAAGUGCAUUGAAGACGUGCAAGGCCUGCUGACGCUGAUGUCGGAUGGCUACCGCCGCGUGUGCGCACAGACCGAGAGCGUCAAGACUGCCUGCCAAGGACUGCAAAGCCGCCAGGCGCAAUUGAGCGAUGCGUCGGGGCGGAUCUCCGAGACUCUGCGUGUGUAUGACUCGCUGGCACCCAUUGCGCAGCUGGUGAAUCGGCCCGGCGACCGCGUGUGCCUGGACAAGGGGUUUCUGCCGGCGCUCGACCGGUGUGAGUCGGCCAUCGAGUUCCUGGGCCAGCACCCGGCACGUGACAGCGAACUGUACCUGAUGCGGUUCUCCCAGUGCCGCAUGCGCGCCCUGACGCUAAUCAAAAUCCACGCAUUGCGUGUCUUCCGCAGUCUGUCCAACGAGUCAAUGCGCGAGCCGCAGUCCGCCCACACGCGGUUCCAGGCUGCGAGCCGCUCUCUAUCGCCAUUGCUGCGUGCCCUGCAGACGCGUGCCCACCAGCCCACCGAGCGCCAGGUGUGGGUGGAUGUGGUGACUGCGUAUUUUGCUGCGCGCCGGGCCUUCCUGCGCCCGCAUCUCAAGCGGAAUCUCGAUCGCAUCUCGAGCGAAUCGGCGCAGGCUGGGGAUGCACCUGUAGACGCUAUGCGCGACUGGUGUGCGUUCACUAUGGGUCUGUGUGCCGACGAGCACCGGCUCUACAGCGAGUUCUUUGAAGUCGAGCCCGAGGACGUCGAAAUGCUGCGCGGCCAUCUUGAUCAGACCAUGGCUGCGUUCUAUGAGCAUGUGCGGCCCCUGAUCAUCCAUGAAUCGGAUGUCCACGUGCUGGCCUCGCUCAGCCUGACUCUCCUGACGUUCCAACGCUCAGCGCCCGACUACGACGAGGAUGCCGGCGGCCUGGAGGAACACGGACUGGAUGCCUUCUACGCGGCCAUCGACCAUACCCUGCAGGACGCACAGCAGCGGCUUGCCUACAAGGCCCAGUCGUUUAUUCACGCGCAUAUCUCGGCCUUCCGCAUCUCCAGUCCUGCCCCCACCACCCAGUGGCUCAAUGCCUGCCGCACCUUGCAUAUUUCCGAUGCCAACGUGCUCCAGACAAUGCUUGAUCAGCUGCCCGAGGACCAGCGCACAGCGCUCGACUACGUGCAUCCACCGGUGACCAGCUACCGCUGGCUGGUGGACCAGAUCGAUGGGUGUCUGGACGAGCACGUACUGGAGGGCAUUCUGGAGGAGGCCGCUGCUGCUUGCAAGCAGAACCUGCUGGCGCAAGGAGCGCGGUUUGUGCGCGAGCAGUGCGCCAAGGAGUCCGAGGCUGAGCAGCUGGCGCACUUGUUUGUCACGUGGAAUCUCCUGCGCAUGCACCAAAGUGUUCUGCAGUGAGCCGGGCUCUAAAGCGAGCCGAGCCGAUAUCUCGAUAAGCUCCCAAGAUCGCAAUAUUUUUCGAACCCCUUCUGUUUGUUGA